GGAGGGGGGGGGGGGUGAAAUGCCCUUCUUCCUUAACAGUUACUGUAUUUAUCUUUUUCCAGGGGGUUGGAAAUUCCCGAGGGGUGGGGGAUCAUACUUCCGACCCCCUCAAUAGGGGGGGGGGGGGUAUGGAUAUUUUCUGGAACUACACAAUAUAAAUAUAAACUUUGGCGAUGUUCUGGUCUGAUCUGUUUUGGGCUGGUGCGAGGAAUAGGUAACACAAUACAUCAUCAAUAACUUUAUUAAUUAAAAGUGAUACAGAUGUCACAUAUUCGUUUUUAUUUUCGCAAAAUCUGCUCAGAGAGAGACAACUGUUUAGGCUGGAAAAGCGAAUAACUACUGACAAAAAAAUGAAAAUAAUAAUUAAAAGUAAAAGUAGUUUUAAUGAUAGAUGUUAUGAUCAGCUAUUUUUUUUAACUGUUCUUGGACGCAUGCCAUGGACUGUGUUCAGAAAAAUCAACCUGUUUUUUUUCCAAUAGAGAAAACAUCUUUAUCCCUUUUUUUCAAGUGAGCAUUAAUAAAUAUUUAUACUUUUGUUCUCGCUGAAAAAACAACUGGAUAGCUUUUUGGUAGAAUUUGAUAUUCUUAUAGCAAUUUCUCAUUAAAAAAAGAAAGGAUUAGUUCUCCAGCGAAUAGUAUAUUGCAAGUGGCAAGGAAUAAAAUAUCAGAUUUCAACUGGAAAUCAUAUACACGGAAUUAAAAUGAAAUUUACUGCGGUUUUUAAUAGCCUGCUAACUUUCGUCAAACUAGUACUAAACCGCAUUCUGGCAUCCGUCGUUCAAAGUAACAUAAUAGCAUUUGCCGCUUGUUUUGGUUGGCCAGCGCCUUCAGGAGAGGUGGCGUGAUUGGAAACUGUUUUAGUGCUAUCCAAUGAAAACGCUUUAAUGAAUUUGAAUGAUGGAAGCACAAGGCCGGUCCAGCUGUCUUUGUUGAAGUCGAGCGGAAAACACAGCAAGGAACAGUGCAAUACGUCCUCACUGAACUUUUAAUUAGUAUUCACUUGAAGCUUCAACGCCCUCAUUUCCGACAACCCUAGACGCCCACAUAUCACCGACAUUGAGUCGAGCAUAUGGUCAAUAGAACAGAGGGGGAGUUUAGAUCUGUUUACCUAAUCCAGGUGAAACUUGCUUGUCGCAAGUGAAGUGAUGAAUAUUACCAACACCAGAGAUAUAGCAGUUAUUUGGUUACGUAAUUUGACUAGUUGCUAAGGCUAUUACAGAAGUUCUCCACAUACAAUAACAUGUUUUUUACAUGGUUUAACCUAAACAUUUUUGGACAAUUUCUUAUACAUUUCCUGUAAGAUUCUUAAAUAUGUAUAAGAUACCAAAUUUUAGCCUUUCAGGUUCUUAAUUUCCAGGUUCUUAGAUGUGGCGAACUACUGUAUUGCUACUGUUUUUUUUUUCAGUUAUUUUCAUGUUGCUGUUUUAAUAUCCCAUCAACAACCGCUCACCUUUUAUAUCACCUUUUAUUUGUCCAGUAGAUAAUUUCGUUUGACGUUGUUUUUCUUGUUUGGCAUUACUUCUUUCGUUUUAUUUAAUCUUUAAUUUCUGUUUCUAUCUUAUUUGACAUUUUCACUCUUCCGCUUUUGAUUAGUUUUUUUUUUGGUAUUGCAUAGCUCGCAUUCCAUUUCCCUGUGUUUACUGAUUAAGAGACAAAAUCAGCAGUAUCGCUCGCUUGUAACCAUGCGCUCUGACUUACAGAUUCCUGUUUCCUACUACUUACACGCAAAUAUGAACCUAGUUCAUAAAAAAACAAUCGUUUAUCCUCAUUUCGAUUAUCCUCAUUUCAAAACUUGAUACAGUGAGUAUCUUCCUUGCUAGCAAGCCAAAUAAGGGUUUCUUUUUGGUGUUUUUGUUUUUCAUUUGUAGCUUUCGUUGACUUCCCAGCUGUUGCACACCAAGUGACUUCUGUAAAACGUGAACAGUUUCACGCUUUUCGCGGUAAAUUGCAGAGUGGAAUCGCCUCUAAAAUUGAAAACAAGUGUAAAAAAAAUGCUCAAACGCAGGAAAAGACCGAAAUUCGAGGCGAUGUACCAAAUAUCUUGUAAAUACUGCUUAAAAUAACAGAAUAUUGUUACACUUCCCGCUAACCGAAGUUAGGAAUAACUCUGUGCUAUUCGGAUCUGUUGCUACAAAAACAGUAUCCUCGCUCUUGCUAACCACGUGACACUAUUAAGCCAAUAACAACGCCUCGCCAACUGCCACUCAAAAAGGCAAAUAUGUCGGGAGAAUUUCUGGCAGGUCCUUGAGAAAAAUUCAAUCUACCAACAUACAUCUAAAUGGGAACAGCUUAAAAAGAAAUAGCUUCCGUUAUGAAACAUCUUUUGAUAUUUAUACAAUAGUCAGAGGUUGUUGUAAGCAGUGAAAGCAGUAUUGUUUACCGGGCUUCGCGGAUUGCGUAGAAUUUCGGAGUUUGAUCACAAUCCGUGAAAAAUCGCGAAAUCAAGAUGACAAAUUUCGAUUAACGUCGAUCAAUUUUAGCAACAAAGUGACGUUUUUCAUAUAUCCUCCAAGCGGAAAAACACUUAAAUACAGGAGGGCCUCGGUCACAAUUAGGAUAUUUUCCUGGGCUUUGUGAGAUAAAUGCCGCUUCAAGGAAAAUAUAUUUUACUACCCGCCUCGUUUGUAUCAAAGUAGAAGGCAACAUGCCUCGCGGCUGCUAUUCCGAGAUCAGGGUCCGCGGCGAAAAAAGGAUUUAGAAUAUCACAAUCUUCUCAAUCGCUUUAAGUUUUCACUGAGCGAGUCUCCAAAACGACGCCAAUUCUACAAGGAUUUUAUGCCGAAGAUGUACAUGUAAAACUCGGCGGCAACCGCCGAUUGAACUUUGUCUUGCGAACUAGCCGUGUGACUAAGCGUGUUAUUAUUUAUGGAAUCAAUUAGAAGCUGUUACUUUACAGGAUUUAGCUUAGCGAGGACUCAACAUUCUGAUUUUGAAACAGAGGUCUGAGUAACUUGAAAAGUAAUCUUUCAUAGAUUGAAAACCGGAAGACUUGUCGUUAACGAUCUACGCUAGUUGCUUAGACCAAAGCAAUAAGUGUGCCCAGAAGUGUGCUCUCGACGCAUUCAAAUAGCGCGAUCAAGUGCGCAGUUGAGCUGAAGUGAACAGUAUUGCAUUACCGUUUGCGUGAAAAUAUUAUUUAAUCUGAGCCAGAUAUAUUCUUAUAUAGAACACAUAGCUACGAUCAAGGAAGUACAGAAGAAAUAAAAGAGAGCGGCCUGGAGAAGAAAGGAUUUUGCCGGUUGCCGUCCAUUGUUUUUGUGAAAAGGAUAACUGCAUGUAUGAUAGGGUUUAGGCAAACGCUGACAUUUAAUUGGCUGGUAUAUCGAUUCCGUAUUGGACAAAAAGAAGAACAAUAGUUAAAUAAGGUGUGUAACAAGACUCAAUUUACUAAAGGCGAACAAGAACGCAAUACAUAGUUAGACAAGGGUGUGUAACAAGAACGAAGAAGUCCAAAGAAACAAGGACUCCAUUCCGCUGUUUCUAACGUGCAUCACCUGUGUGACAUGCUACCGAUCCCUCCGCCCAGCGAUGGUGUCCUCGCCAUCGAAGUCUUGACUCUCUUAAUUAUCAACGCGAUCGCAUUUGGCGGAAACUUACUCGUGUGCGUCGCGUCGUACCGCAACCCACGUCUGCGUACCACAACGAAUCUCUACGUGAUUGCUCUCGCUAUCUCCGACAUUCUCGCAGCGUCCAUCACCAUGCCGCUUACUCUAGCGGCCAUCGUCACGGGGCGUUGGUCUUUUGGCGUCGUCGCGUGUAAUGUCCAAGGCUUCUUUGUACACUUUCUGAUCUACGCUUCCAUGCAUACUAUGGCUUUAACGGCGAUUAACAGGUAUUUCCGCAUUGUUAAGCCGCAGAAGUACAAAAGAAUCUUCCAGAAACGGAGAGCGACCACGCUUCUUGUUCUCGUGUGGAUGACAGUGGGGGUGGUGGUAGGGCUGCCGCCUAUUUGUGGCUGGGCGCGGUUUGAUUUCAGGCCCGGCAAGUCCUUAUACAUGUGUAUUUUGUACUUCGAGACGAAAGCCGGUGAGGUGACCUUUCUGCUGACCAUACUGGUGUUCUAUGUUUUGCUGUCACUCAUCGUCAUGGCAACGUCAUAUGUUCACGUGUCGCGCACCAUCAAGGAGCAUAAUAUGCAGGUGUUCUCGUCCCUCCGCCGCGUGUCUGGGAUCAGUGUGGAAGAGAUCCGGAUCACCAAGACGCUCUUCGUACUCGUACUCGCAUUCACGGUCUGCUGGAUCCCUGUGUACACAGUAGUGUCAAUCAUCAGGUCGGGACUCGGAGACCUUACGAACGCUGGCUCAGUAUUCGCCUCACUCGUAAUAUUUCUGACCAGCGCUAUCAACCCAUUUGCGUAUGCGUUUCGCAGCCAAUCCUUCCGUGAGGAGUUUCAACGCAUUUUGACUUGUCAUUGCCGGCCAAUCCUGCCCGACCGUCAACUGUCCGGGAUUUCUAUGGACCGGUUUAAUGUAUCGGACAGUGGGAUUACUCGCAGUAGAUAUGGUGAAAGGGGCGAUGCGAAAACUUCUAUAAAUUCUAAAACCUCCGGCGAGAGCAUGGGAGGCGCUUGCCAUGUGAUUACCGAUAAUCCUGCCUUUGUACCAUCGCCAGGCGAGGAAUAGAAGGGACAAGGAGCGGGGAGUGAGUAAAUAAAGAACUAUCAUGUCAUUUUUCACGAUCUUCACGGAAGCACUAUAGAUCAUAAUUAUUUUUGUUAUUGUUGCUGCUGUUAUCAUUAUCAUCAUAUACCAUCAACAUCAUUAUCAUUGUAAAUAUUUUUGUUAUAUGUUUGUUAUAGUUUUUGUUAUUGUUAUUGUGAAGGGUGCGGUCAUAAACUUGUUCACAUACUAUACUCAGGGCCGUAGCGGGCCUUGGAGGGGGGGGGGGGCACAAUACAGAAACAUUACGAAAAUAUUGGGGGGCACAUGCCCCCAGUGCCCCACCCCCUGCUACGGCCCUGAUACUAGAAACUGUACAUAACACGUAUCUAAACAUUCUUUACAAAAUCUAAAAUUGCCACGACACGUUAUUAUAUUCAAAUGUUUAUACUUGAGUCUAGAAGUAGGAACCUUAGUGUAAAUAGCACGUUUCUUUACAUAAUCCUAGACCUUUUGAAUAACACUUUAGUACAAUAUGGUCACGUAUUGUCAAGAGUAUCGAAUUCUGGUAUUUGCAUGACGCAGAUGUACAUAUAGGGAGCAUGGGAGAUCUUGUGAAUAAAAGACAUUCAUACAGGU